GAGAGUAUAUUUACUAACGUUGAAGUACCUGUAUCGUUUAGGCAAGCUAGUAUGCUGAGAAGCCUGGCUUGCUGGUUUAAUGGUGGGUUCACCAGCGGCGGACAGACAGGCUGCGCGUGCGUGCGUGCCGUGCCAGACGACAAACCCCGGAGCUGUGGAGUAAAGGGUGUCAGACGACGGGUGUUUAUGCACCGACAGCUGUGCGUUUGUUUGUUCAGGAAGAGUGAGAAAAAGAACCCACGCACAUUCAUAGGCAUAUCUGUCUCCUGCUUAAGGAGUAAAAAUCAAAAAUUAUCAACCACAGUGAAGUACGUGGGAAACCAGCAUAGUUCGGAUGAAGGGUCUAGUCUUACGGUAGAUAGCUAAGGCGAGUAAGGUACGGUUCGUAGGACCAGGAGCGGGAACAAGGCAGAGAAUGCAUCAGAGCGGUGACCAUAAUAGAGGCUUAGAGGAGGUACAGGAAGAAGGAAGAGAGGAGGAGGAGGAGGGCGAUUUUGAAGAGCCUUUGGAUUUAACAGGAUGGAAGUCACAAGAGAAGAAUGAUGUGAUGCAUUAUGCUACUCCCUUGCUCCCUGCUUGGUCCCGCCCUCCCCAUACUUACCGCCUGUUGUACAAGCCUGUUGUGGUAGAAGAUGUAUGGGAAGGAGAACCUGCCACAUUAACUGAUGAUGAAGAUUGUAACUUCCUUGGCUUCCGCAUCACUACAGGGCUGGUCCAAGAUGACAACACCAGGAAUGACAAGAGGAGGAGCUGUUGCUAUGUGGUUUUGGAGAAUCAGGAAGAUCCAGAAGAUAUUCCAUUGGCUUACUUGAGUCAACUUGCAAAAAACUCAACUCCAAACAAAAAGAAAAAGAAGAAAAAGAAAAGUAAAAAUAAGAUUCCAUUUGAGUACAAGAAAAAGAAGAAGAAACGACCAAAAGUAAAAUCUAAGUCAAAAGGAAGUGAAUCACAUUUCCCCUCUGAAUCUACAGAUUUAGGAAAUGUUCUUGUUCCUGAAGACCUAAGUUUGUACUCUAGGUCUUCUGGUUCUCAUUCUUGUACAUCAGAAGAACCUGACUCCUCAUCAGAGCAAGUGACCGGAGCAAUCAAAGAUCUCAGCUUAAAUGAGCAUUCAGAAUCUCCUCCAUUUUCUUUGGAAGAUGCUACAGUUAAUAAACUUCCAGAAGAGUCAAAUUCAGAUGAAAACUCCACUUCAAAUGUUGAACAGGAAAUCAAGGAACCAGUCAAAAAAUCCUUUGAUUUUUCUAGAGAACAACAGCAUUACAAUAUAGAUGGAAAAAGGUUGGAUCAAAAAGUUGAGGAAGCAGGGGAGUCUAUUAUCUCUUGUCUUGAACAGAAACUAGAAGAUAAAGAAUCAGUAGAUUCAGCUCCUUUAUCCCCACUGGAGAAAAAUGAAGAUUCAGAUGACCAGCUAGUCCCUUUUCAAGUCUCUCCAAGGUCAAGUUGCAAGGUCCCACGUGAUUAUAUGGUAAAGGCCAGUCCAGUCAGGCGUGGCUCAAAUGGUUGGGAGGAAUGUUUAAGACCUAGACCCUCUCAAGUUCAACAUUAUCAGAGUUUUAUUAUGAUGAGAAAACGUCGGGUCUCUCCUUCAUCUCAAGAAGGUAGUGUAGGAAACAAGCAGGCCAAAAUUAUUGUGAGUACCAACACUGCCAAAACAAGCCCUUCCAAAGGAAUAGGGUCCAUAACUAAAUCAUCUCACAAGGAUCAGUCACCAAAGAAAUCAUCAAUAUGUAGUUCAUCUUCAUCUUCUCAGAUAGCAGCAUCACCAGACAGCUUUAAUUCUGAAGACAGAGAGCUUUUAUCUGACAUUAGUAACCAGGAAUUGGAUCAGGACACAACUAACAAGCUUUUGGAUGCAAGUGUAGGAGAGAUCAUAUGGGCUAAACUUGGCUCGACUCGUUGGUGGCCGGCCAUAGUCAUUUGGGGGGCUGACUGUGGCCAGCCACCUGCUCGUCCUGGUCAAACUUGGGUGUUUUGGUUUGGGGAUCACAAGAUAUCUGAGCUACCAAGGGACAAGCUUGUGGACUUUGUUGAUGAUUUUAGUAGCAAGUUUACUGACUUUGCAGGAAAAAUGUUUAAAACAGGGGUUGUAGAAGCAAUUCGAGAAGUGGCUGUACGUGCUGAAGUGGAGUUUGUUGAGAGUGAUUCUGCAGGGAUGCUUAGUUGGGCCAAAAAUGGCUUUCACACAGAAUCUCAAAAACCCAAUCCUUAUACUCCUGAUGCUGGUUCACCAAUUCCUGAAAAUGUUCGCAAGCAUCUGAAUCGGAUAAAGACACAAUAUCUUCAAGCUUUGCAAUCUCUUGGUUCCCAAAACUCUUUACAGCCUCGCUUUUCACGCAUGGAGCAACUGGAAAAUAAGGACAGUGCGUUAAAGAAAGUCAGAGAAGGAAUAAUUAGAAUACAAGAUGUAUGUAUAGCAUGUGAUUCAACAUCAGUAGAAAUAGCUACUCAGCACCCCCUGAUAGAAGGAGGCUUGUGUAAGCAGUGCAAAGAUGAAACUGUAGAAACAAUGUUUGCAUAUGGAGAUGAUGGUACAAAUGCUUAUUGUGUGAUUUGUGGUCAGGCUGGAGAACUUUUGAUCUGUGAUAACAAUGACUGUAACAGGUGUUACUGUACAGGCUGUAUUGAUGUCCUCGUGGCUCCUGGGGCCCAUAAAAAGGUGCUAAAUACUAGUCCAUGGCUGUGUUAUAUGUGUCGAGAUUAUGAUCCUGAAAUAAACGGUCUCAUCAGAUGUAAGGAUGAAUGGCAGCAAAACGUAAUGCAGCUUUUCCAACCAGAGAAGCAUGUUCAACUUCCUCCUUCUCCAGAUGAUUAUAAAGAAAAAAGGCCGAUCAGGGUCCUUUCUUUGUUCGACGGGAUCGGUACAGGCAAGUUUGUUUUGGACCAGUUGGGAAUAGAAGUGGAUGCUUAUUAUGCUAGUGAGAUUGACCAGGAUGCCAUUAAUGUCUGUAUAGUCCAACAUAAACUAAGUGUUACCCAUCUUGGUCGAAUUGAAGAUGUCACUGAUGCUGAGGUAGCCAAGCUUUGUCCAAUAGAUUUUGUUAUUGGAGGAUCUCCAUGUAAUGAUCUCUCUCUGGUUAAUCCUGCCAGGAAAGGCUUGUAUGAUCCGACAGGAACAGGAAAGUUGUUUUUAUUUUUUCGUGUUCUAAAAGCUGUGCAACUAGCGAAUAAGGGAAGACAUGUUUUCUGGUUGUAUGAAAAUGUUGCAUCCAUGCCCCAGGAGUAUAAGGCAACUAUUACUCGUUUUCUACAGUGUGAUCCUGCCAUGAUUGACUCGAAGUACUUUUCUCCUCAAAAUCGGGCUCGUUAUUUCUGGGGUAAUAUUCCUGGAAUGUAUGCCCCUCUUCAGCAUCAUCUGUUGCAUCAGACGAUCAGCUUAGAUAGUGUCAUUACACCCCAUCUUAACAGGAAGGCCAUUGUUGAGAAAAUUAGAACAGUUACAACACGCAGCAACUCCCUCCGACAAGGGAAGAAAUGUCUGCUGCCAGUUACUAUGAAUGGGGAGAGUGAUGUUCUGUGGGUCACAGAACUUGAACAGACUGAAUACUUUUACAGUAAAUGCUCCAAACCUGACCUUUUCAGGGUUUUUGGCUUUCCAAGACAUUAUACUGAUGCUGGAAACAUCCCGCUUGGCCGGCGUCAGCAGCUGCUUGGGAAAGCAUGGAGCGUACCUGUGAUCAAACACCUUUUCAUGCCUCUGAAGAACUUCUUCAAACUGGUGCCAUCUUCAUCAUCAUCAUCACCUGCCACCUCUUCUCCCACAGUGACCACCACUGCCACAACAGUUAGUGCUGUUGUCAUGCCAACCUCUUCCUGAGUAAGAUGGGUGGCUAGUAGUUAGUGUAAUAACACUUUUUUUUUUUUCUGUAUCUAAAUUAUGAGUAUAUGUUACCCUGUGGGGACAUAAAUUGUGUAUAUAGUUUUAGAAUCCAUGUGUUAUGUUACAUCCAUGGUUUUACUGUCCGUGUUUUAAUAAGAGUUGUGUGUAACCUAGCUGGAUUCGGGGUAUCCCCAUUUUUACACUGCCAUUUUACCCAUUAUCCCUCCUUUUGUAUUUUGUUUAUGUUUAAAGGGUAUAAUAAGUUUAUUUUUCUUUUGUUUUGCAAUAUAUCUUUUCUCAUUAAAAAGGAUUUUGUCACGAUUUAAAAUGAAAUUUUAGCAUAAAGAUAUUCUUUUGUGUAAGAGUUUGUUAACAGUCAGGUAUUUCAACAUUUAAUGUAUACUUGGCAAAGUACUUGUCAUUCAGACCACAACUGGUGUUGGUAUGAAUCAUAACGAUGUUGCAUAAAAAAAAGGUCUUGGAUAAAGGUCAUUCAUUUUUUUUCAUCUUGCACACACUGUUGUUAAUUAGAUUAAAUCAUUUUCAGUGAUUGAAAUGUUUUACUUCCUUUUGCAUCUUUAGUUGAAUAAUUCAGUAUUUUUUAGAGAAUAUUCUUACAAUUUCUUUUUUGUGUAGUUGGGUAUUUUCCUAAAGAAAACAUAGUUAUUCCCUGUAUACAUAAUACUUGUUAGUCCAUUAACAUCUAUGGAAACAUCGUAAGUGGUUGUUGAAAUUGAGUGAAGCACACAUUUUGUUUUAUCUUUCUGUUCAAUACAACAAAACCUAACAUUAUUCCUGUGAAAAUUUAUAUAUUGGCUAAAUAGUUAGACCAUGUACAUUUAGUAAAUUAUUCAUUGUUUACUUGCACUUUUUGAAAGCAACUUACUAUUGCUAAUGUUUCAUAGAUUUUUUUACAAUACAUCAUCUUUAGAGCAAAAAUAUUGAAUGUUAUACUCUGAAUGAAAAUGAAGUCAAAUACUUGAACCCAAGUAGUUGAAAUUCUCUACAAUUUUAUUAGGUGUCUGUCAUUUUCCUAUCCAUGUUCUUGUUUUAUUAGGAGCUUCUUAAGAUCCAUAUCAAAACUCUUUAACACAGUCAUUAAAACAGAAAGUUGUUCUUGCAAAUUUUGUUGCAUGUAAAUCAGGAGUGUCUUGUAUUUGGAGAAAUCAUUUUCUGAAACAAAAAUGUCUUGCUUUUUUUUUCUUUCAUAAUUAUUACUUUAAAAUGUUAAACAAAUUACUAAAAAUUGAAUAUGGGUUAAGUAACUCAAAGCCUAAUUUAUAUCAUCAGAAAAUUAUUUGUAGAUGACAAAAUAUUGCACUAGAUGGCUCUGGAAUCCAGCCACUCUUAUCACCUUUUCUCAAUAGAGAAGAUUCACAUGUUGCAAUAGCCUUUACUGUGGUUUUAACCAAAGAACUUUACUGCAUUUACUCUUUUAAUGCAGAUUUUUUUUAAAAUGUGACAGGUAAGUACAGCUUAGCUUAGGAUCAUUGUUAUGUCUUAACAUUAUCAGUACAAGUCUCAUGCAUGAUAUACUCAAUAAUAAGUUUUAUGGCCUUGUAGUGGGAAUUCUUAAGGCUAUACAAAGCAUCACAAUUAUUUUAUUUCAGCUUUUGAGUCUGUAAUCAUCUCAUUAAUUGUAUAGUUAGUACAAAAUGCAAUUUACCAGAAAUUUUAUAUUUUUAACUAUUUAUCUGAAUUUUAAUAAAGUAACAGUCUUAAUUUUUUUUGUUUAUCAUGCACAGUGCAAGUAGGCAUAGAAUUUAAAAGGAAUUUUUUCCCCCUGACUCAUGUAUCCUUAUACGUUUCUGGCAACUACAGUUCACUUACCUAUUGGAUUUUAGUAACCAGGGUCUUUUGGUAGAUAUUUUUUGUAAUUUUAAAGUUGGAAGCAAAUGGUAUUCGCCAUCUUUUAGAAACUGCCAAAAAAACCUGUUGUAUACAUUUUUAAAGUGUAGCUUUAGAUUAUUUCUAGGUAAGUACUGAUAAAUAUUGUUAAGCUAUGGGUUUUUAUAUAUAUUUUUUUUUAAUGUUGGGUUUUCGUGGUAAAUAGUAAAGACUAACAAUUCAUGUAAUUGAAUCUUGUGUAAGGGUAUCAAACCUUGAAAAGUACAACACACAAGAACUUGGAUUGUUCACUUGGUGGCUAAUAUGUGUAAACCUUAAUCAACCUCUCUUUGUUCUUUGAUGUUAAACAUUUGUUGUAAUUCCUAGUAAACAUUUAAGAAGAAAUAUUAAAAAAUACCAUAAAUGUAGAGUAAACAAUGACAGACUUUGGUAGGAUUUUCUAAUACAUGGGAUUUUCACAAACUCUUUAAGAUUUAUUAGUUUUAAAUAUUUGGACAUUGUUUUAAAGUUACACAAAAGGUUUUUCAAUUGAUGAUUUAAAUUAAUAUGAAUCCUUAGGUGCAAAACAUAUUUCAUAAAAUUUGGCCAGUUCAAUUUUUCAUAGAUGAAACUCUUAAUAUCAUAUUUUUUCUUCCACUUAUGGGUGUUGCAUGUAAUCAUUUUUCAUAAGAGUAAUAUUUUAUAUUAUCUAUGUUAUAAAGGCAGUAAAAUCCAAAGCACAGUUAUAAAAACACUUCUUUCAGGUCAGGCUCUGAUAAAUUUGUUUUUUAACAAAAUAUAAGCAUAAGAACAGAAAGUUUCUUUCUGCAAAUAUUGACACUUUUGCCAAAAAAAUAGAAUAUUUUGGUGACAGGUAUAUGGAAGCUAACUGUAUGCUUGAACAUUACAAUGUAACAAACAGACAAGAAUGAGCCCAUUCAUUUUGGUAUCUUUGAAACUUCUAUAUUCAAUAUUACACAGCUUUUGUAUCAGCAUCAUUUAGAAACACAAGAAUCCUUUUAAAUAUUUGUCUUCUUUAAGAACUAGAAAAAUUAAUACCAAAAAGGAUAUGAGAAAAAAGACAUAGAAAUUAUAAAUAUAAUAUUCUUUCAUUAACACUUAAUUACAUCAAUGCAAGUAACUAUUAAAUUAAAACACAAAAAACUGUGAAGAGAGGCCAUCAUUAACUUAUUUGAAUGUGGAUAAGUGGUAUCAAGUUUGUGUUUUGAACUGCAAGCACUUUUAUGUGUUGUUUUAACUUUUAUUAAAUAGAAAAUACUCAGUACCUUGUGUAAGCAGCAUUUUGGAUAGGUGUUGUAUAUAAUCUUGUUUUCAAUAUCAGUUUAGUAUUUGCCUCCUUUUUAUGUCAGGGUGAGUAAGUUUUACAGUUUUUUUAUUCUGUGCAGUUACUGUGAUGCUGCAAGUGUUAGUUUUCCAGUACAUUAUCAUUUACUGUUUCUAGAUAGUUAGACUGCUAAAUUUUAAAAUCCUUAUAACUUAGUUACUUUAUUUCUGGCAUAUACCAACUAUACUUUUUAUAAAUACAUGUAAUAGCUUAUAUUGAAGGUUGAGAAUAUUAGUUGUGAUAAAAAUGCUUUAGUGUUGCAAAAUAUAAACUGAUUAGUGUGCUGAUAUAUAUUUUUCGUGAAUGGUACAUCAUCAUGGAAAUGUAAGAAAAUUAUUAUUUUUUUCAAAGAGGAUUGUUAAUUUUUAGUGCAGUUUCACCAAACCCACUAAUUUAUUUUUGUCUUUAAGUUCAACAUUUGGAGAAUCUUGUGUAGUAAGGAGGGGGUUUGAACUUUAGAAAAUAAUACAUAACAUACUAUAAGGAGGCUGAAGUGUUUUUUUUUUAUAAUUAUUUGUUAGAAUCCAGUUGUGUGCAGUUGGAAUAAUGGAGAGUCAGAACUAAUUUGUACAACAUUUUGGUAUCUGCUGUUUAUUUAUAUAUGUUAAUAGUUUCUUUAAUAAUAAGUACCUGAAUGUCGAAUGGCCAUCAGUACAAUCAGAGCUAGGCUGAAUCUUGCCUUAAGUUUCUUUUUGUUUCUAAAAUGAAAGUAGAAAAAAAAAUUUCGAAUAUGGAGUAAAAAUUGUAGACCACCAUUCUUUACAAAACGUUCAAAGCUUGAUUGUUUUUUUGUUUUGUUUGUGUGUAUACGAAAAAAGUAUGACAUUUUCGUACUGAAAAAACAGUUGUAAUAUCCAACUGUAUUUUGGGAUUUAGAUACUUUUUCUAAAAUUAUUCUUAUUGUCCUAGUCAAUCUACAGUACGUUAAAUAUCAUAUCAAUUAAUCCAGUAAGGCCUGUUAUGUUUUACUGCUGGCUAAGAGUUAACUUGCUAUGUUUUGUAUAAUGCAAAUCUGUUACUUUAUUCACUAAGCAGUUAAAACACACUCUUUGUUAUUUAAAGUGUUUGCAUUUAUUACCAUAAAUGUUCAUUGUUGCAUAGUUAAUUACAUUUUUAGUAAUUGGAUCUAUACGAUCAAAUUGUAUUUUGAAUUUGUUUAACUUGAAAUUUCAUAAAGAAAUCAAUUGAUCAAUUACCUUGUCAAGAGGUAGACUUAAAAUAGAUCAGUCCCUUCAUAGUUAAUUGAUUUAAGAUAAAGUUAAUUUUAUUUUGUAUUAAUAGGUGUUUAGAAACGAAGCAUUGCUAUUAGAUAGACAAUGGGGUAAUAAGUAAUCAAUGUAAUGGGAUCGAGGAAAUAUUGUCAAAAAUUGUAUGAUACAUUGUGGUCGUUCAGUAAUAAUUUCAAUCACUUAAUUCAGUUGUUGUUAUUAACUUUUAUUGAAAUGAAAAUUAUAACAAUUAUAUUGAAAUAAUUAUAAACCGAGUUUUUUUUUUCAAAAAGUGGAAUUGCUUCACGUUUAAGUUCAUUUUCACUGUUUAAUGUUUGAAAUUGUGGUUAAAUUGUUUCGAGAUUUUACAGUUUCAUUUAUUUUUGAAAGUAUUUUAAAUAUUAUACUCUAAAAUCAUGAUGUAAUGGUUAUUUGUUGUUCUGAAGACUUUUCCUUUACGGAUGAUACAUUAAGUUAAUUCUGCAUGUUAAAAUUAUAUUCUCUUCCUUGGUGGUCAGUGUUUUUAAUUAAUUUAACAAGUAGACACAUCACUGCCAGUUUCGCCGUUUAUUGGCGGUAGUAUAAAUCGAUCUUUGAUAACUUUGCUCUACGGAUUCACGAGACGGUCAAAGCCAGUUUGGGUAAAUAUCCGGAUGAGUAUUAUAGCAAAACUAAAAACACUGGUAAAAGUUUUAUACUUUUCACGGAGAUCCUUGCAAGUGUUCGUUUUUUAUUUAUUUAUAGGUGGUGUAAUCAAGAGGUUAUUUUAAAAACGUUCAUGAGAUUUCAAUGUUGUAGCAUGUACCUUUUGUAGGAUGUGACAUACUUGAGUUUGAUCAAAGUAGUGAGCUUAGCAAGUUUUGUGAUAUUGCAAGAAGUUUAAGACGUUGAAUUAUAAUGGAAAUGGUUGUUUCGUUGUGCAUUAGAGUAGACAUGUGCUUACAGAUGUGUGAAGGGAUGGUCUAUAAAAACAGCGGGAUUUAAUAAGAAACUGAAAUCAUUGUUUCUACUUUUGUAACGAAUGUUUUAAUAAUGAAGAAGUGUAUUAUUUUCUGUUAUAAUUAUUUGCAUCUAAAGUUAAUGAGAGAAUAUUAGCUGAAAAAAGUGUAUUACAUUGGUACCUUUCUAGUAACUUCCAUGUAAGUAUAAAUUCGUUUGGUAACGUUAUAUAUUUAUUUUUUUAUAAAGAAUCUGUAUUUCAAAAUAAACCUUGAAGUAAAACUAUAAUUUUGUAGAAUUGAAGAUUAACAUUGAAAACGGAAUUUCUAAAUCAGACAAUAAGUAAAAGUUAAAUCGUUAAAUAACACCGAGACAUUUGGUGAAUCAUAUGAAAUUUGUACACUUCUUUAUAAGUUUAUUACAUUUUGAAACACAGUUCUUGUCAAAUAAUCCGCUCUUUUGUAGACUUUUCUAUACUUUUAUUGUUACAGUAUUCAAAGUUAGUUACCGAGUGAAAUUGCUAUUUUCGCAUGCGCGAUCUCGCAUGUCCUGUUAAAAAGACGAGACUUCGAUAUAUUAGGAAAAUUGUUUAUAGUAAAUCAAAAUAAAGUUUAAGAAACGUUUAAAUUGGAAAGACAUUUCAUCGUGAUUACCUAGAGCAAGAUAUACAAUAAGUUUUAAUCCGUAUUAAAGCGAGUAAUAAAAACACAAGAAACAAUGCGAUGGUGUGGUUAAAGGAAUGGUCACCAGUGAGUUAAAUAUGUUUUAGCGAUACUAAAAUUAUUUUGCUGUUGAUAUAUGUAACUAAAAGGAAAUUCUGUGAGAAAUAGAAAAAAAAAUGUCAUUGAAAUUACUUGGAUAACGUCUUCAUAUUUUUUAAGUAAUAGUUUACAAAUCUUUAGCUGCAUCAGUAACAGGAUGGAGAGCUCAGAUACGUAAUUUUGUUUUGAAAUUGUUAAUUAAACAGUUUAACAGCGGUCAUGAUAGAGAUAUUUAAGGUAUAGUAACUAGUGUUACUGCUGUGUUUUGAAAGUAGUUCGUGUGUGAAUAGUCCAUCACACACGUGUAAAGUGAACAGGGUGCAAUUUGAGCUUGGAAGAUUGUUGAUUAUUUAUUUCAAAAGAAUGUUUCGGAUGUUAUUACUUGUUGGAAAAAUUUAUUUUGCAAAGAAAAUCCAUUUCAAAAUGCUGAAAUUUUCUAUUCAUCGAUUGAUAAUAAAUAAACGUCAUAGAAUUAAAGCGUGCUGAAGGAUUUUUAUCAGAUGAGUGCUGAAUAGUGCAAUGGUACUUUGUGAUAACCGGUGAAAUAAGUUACUGGUUUGCUGAAACCUGACAAACCACUGCCAGUACCACUUGCUGUAUUCUUCAAGCAACAGCAAAUUAAUGUGAUGUUAUUGUACUGAAAGAAAACAUAAUCUAGUGAUAUUGAGACGUAUUUGUAUUGGUCAAGUUUUUGUCGUUGCUGCUGUUGUUUUUAUACGUUUUCAGAAGUAUGAAUACUUUAAAGCUUUAUAGGUUUUUGAUGGUAAAUGCUAACCGGGCUGUACCGACGUAGUGAUGUGUAUGUGACAGUUUUGGUAUAAAUGAAAGUUUUUAAACCAAA